CUACCGUACUUACCAUUCAACUCUCAAAAUUCUCAGUCUGAUCAUUCCCUUCUCGACUUCUUCCUUCCAUGCUACUUGGAGCUUUCAUACCUCUCUCCCAUCUUCUUCCAACCAAACAGACACCCUAAUUUUUAUUAUCUUUCGAACCCUAAAACCUUGUCAACAGACGCAACAACAACCAAAAAAAGAAAGACCCGUUCCAGAAUCCCCAAUUUUCAAUUUUAACUCCGUUGUAUCUGAUGGAGAAUUCAACUCAAGAAUCAAAUUUAGAAAAUGCAUUUACUUAUGAUUCCCCGUACCCAAUUUAUGCCAUGGCUUUUUCUCCAUCAUCAACAACUUCUUCUUCAUCCAACAAAACCCAUAGAAUUGCAGUUGGUAGUUUCAUAGAACAUUUCAACAAUAAAGUAGAAAUUAUAUCAUUUGAUGAAGAAACCUCAACUUUCAAAACAGACCCAAAUCUUUCUUUUGAACAUCAAUAUCCUCCGACAAAACUAAUGUUUAACCCAAGCCCCAAUUCUAGUAAUCUCUUAGCUUCUUCUGGUGAUUAUCUAAGACUUUGGGAUAUUAAAGGAAAUUCGGUUGAACCCAAAUCGGUUCUUGAUAAUAGCAAAUCAAGUGAAUUUUGUGCACCAUUAACCUCAUUUGAUUGGAACGAAUUAGACCCAAAUAGAAUUGGUACAUCAAGCGUAGAUACAACUUGUACAAUCUGGGAUAUUGAAAGAGGUAUCGUUGAAACUCAACUCAUUGCUCAUGAUAAAGAGGUUUAUGAUAUUGCGUGGGGUGAAGUUGGGAUUUUUGCUUCUGUUUCUGCUGAUGGGUCUGUUAGAAUUUUCGACUUAAGAGAUAAAGAACAUUCCACUAUAAUUUACGAAAGUCCAUUACCUGAUACUCCAUUACUUAGAUUAGCUUGGAACAAACAGGAUUUACGAUAUAUUGCAACGACAUUAAUGGACAGCAACAAAGUUGUGAUUAUGGAUAUCAGGUCACCUUCCAUGCCAGUAGCGGAACUAGAUCGGCAUCUAGCUAGUGUGAACGCGAUUGCAUGGGCGCCACAGAGUUGUCGUCAUAUAUGUUCUGCUGGGGAUGAUUCACAGGCGCUUAUUUGGGAGCUACCAACUGUAGCAGGAUCAAAUGGGAUUGAUCCAAUACUUGCAUAUUCUGCUGGUUCAGAGAUUAAUCAGUUACAAUGGUCAGCUCUUCAGCCUGACUGGAUCGCCAUUUCUUUUUCUUCCAAAUUGCAGCUCUUGAAAGUUUGAGAUCCAGUAGCAGCAUUCAGAUUGAAGGUCUAACUCUGACACAAUGCCUAAGAGUUCAAGUUUUUUGGGGUGCGACUAUCGAUUACUGUCUUAGCUGUUGGUUUAGUGAGGUCUUCACUAUCUAUAGUUGCACCAGAAUUUUAUUUUUGAGGAAUUUAAAACACAUUUGGAUCUUAAGGAUGGUUUGUUUUUCUCCCCUUUCAAAUCUUAAUGAGACUUGGGUGAUUUUCAUUACA